UUCUUUGUAAACACGGAGGCAAAUAGAGAGAGAAACAGAGUCACUGUUUGUUGCACACUGGGUUAAGGGAAGGAGAAGAAAAAAAGAAAGACUGGUAAAUUUUCAUUCUGGUUCUGUUUUGUUCUCAUACAGAUACAGGAAUCUUCCUCCUCUCUUUUGAAGAACCGCAAAAGGAAAAUGGAAUGGCCGGCGUGCACGGAUGAAUACGAAAAGCUUGUGAUACGAAUGAGCACUCCCAGGGUUGUUAUUGACAAUUCCGUGUUCUCUUCAGCUACUCUUGUCAAGGUUGACAGUGCUAGAAGGCAUGGUAUUUUAUUGGAUGCUGUACAAGUGCUCAUCGACCUGGACCUUUCUAUAAAGAAAGCCUAUAUUUCUGCUGAUGGCAAAUGGUGUAUGGAUGUUUUUCAUGUCACUGAUCAAUAUGGACACAAGAUAACGGACGAUAAGGUUUUAAAAUAUAUUGAGCAGUCACUUGGGAGCAUUCAGUAUGGAAGAACCGACAGUUCCAAUGGUCUCACUGCGCUGGAAUUGACAGGAACUGACCGAGUUGGUCUUUUAUCGGAGGUGUUUGCCGUACUGGCUGAUCUUCAAUGUGAUGUGGUUGAGGCAAAGGUUUGGACUCACAAUGGCCGUAUUGCUUCCUUAAUCUAUGUAAAAGAUUCUAGUUCUGGGUCUACUAUUGAGGACUCUCAGAAAAUUAAGAAGAUUGAAUUGCGCUUAAGAAAUGUUUUGAAGGGAGACAAUGACAUUAGAAGUGCAAAAAUUUCUGUUUCUAUGGCUGCGAUGCACACUGAAAGAAGGCUACACCAAAUGAUGUUUACAGACCGUGAUUAUGAGAGGACUCCCAUUCUUGAGGUUACUUCUGAUAACCCAGUAGUGACGGUUCAGAAUUGGGCAGGAAGAGGCUAUUCAGUCGUGAAUGUUCAGUGCAAAGAUCGAACCAAGCUUUUAUUCGAUGUUGUAUGCAAUUUGACAGACAUGGAAUACGAUGUUUUUCAUGCAACUAUUAACACAAAUGAUGACAGAGCAUACUUGGAGUUUUAUAUAAGACACAAGGAUGGCACUCCAAUUAGCUCAGAACCAGAGAGACAACGUGUAAUUCAAUGCCUAAAAGCUGCUGUAGAGAGAAGGGCAUCUGAGGGUGUUCGGCUAGAGUUAUGUAAAGAAGACAGGCAGGGGCUUCUGGCAGAAGUAAUGAGAACUUUCCGCGAGAAUGGGCUCAAUGUGACCAGGGCUGAGAUAUCCACUGUAGGGAAUAUGGCUACAAAUGUAUUCUAUGUAACGGACGCCAUUGGAAAUCCAGCUGAGACAAAAAGUAUUGAAUGUGUUAGGCAGAAAAUUGGGUUAAGCUAUUUAGAAGUGAAGGAAUUGCCGUUGGUAAAUCAUCAGGAGAUACAGAGAGAGGAUCAAGCGGUUGGAAUUGGUGGGGCAGUGUUGUUUUCCAUAGGGAGUCUGGUGAAAAGAAAUCUGUUUAGUUUGGGAUUAAUCAAAUCCUGUUCCUGAGCCAGGCUAUUAAAACAGAGGAAUUUAGGGGUGAGGUUUUCUAUGCAAUCUUUUUGUAGCAUAUUAUUCUUUGCUUCAGAUAUGGGUUGUGUGCAGAAAAGUUGGAAGGUAGAAUUUGGUGAUGGCGGUUGUUUUAGUUGGUUGGGUUGGGUUUGGUAGGUGGAAACGGAUAGUUAAAUGUACAGCUGUGGUGGAUGGGGUGCCCACCGUUUUAAAUGCUCCUUUUAAUUACAAUAUAUUUUGGUUAAUGCGGAAAGGUGUUCAGCUCGGUUGGGAAGGUUGUUAAUGUGAGAAAGAAUAUAGAAUUAGAUUCCUGGUGGCAGAGGCACAAGUUUAGGUAGGAGACAGAACAAAUUGGGUUCAUUGUUCCUUUAGCACUAGCCUCAUCUGUACAUAUCCACAUUUCCUCCCAUGUUAUCAGUAUUCAUUUUACUGCUUUACUAUUUUUAAAUUCAACUCUCCCUUCUUUUCCC